UUCAGCUCCUGCCAGGAAAAGGUCCGGUGCGGAUCAAGCAGUAUCCGAUCAAGAGGGAGGCCAGAGAAGGGCUGCAGGAAACUAUAAAUCAGUUUCUGAAGUACGGGGUACUGCGAGAAUGUCAGUCAGCCUGGAACACCCCCAUCCUGCCUGUUCGAAAGCCCAAUGGCACCUAUCGGCUGGUCCAGGACCUGAGGGCAGUUAAUGAACGGGUUAAGACUCUGCACCCCCUUGUUCCAAACCCCUAUACACUGUUGGCAUCUAUAGGAGGGCAGUACACCCACUUUUCAGUCCUAGACCUGAAAGAUGCUUUCUUCACAAUUCCUGUUGACACACAAUCUCAGGAGAUUUUCUCCUUUGAGUGGGAAGACGACCGAAGGGUUAAAAAGCAGCUUUGCAGAACUCCCCUACGCUGUUCGGCCAGGCUCUGGCCAAAGACCUGGAGGAGUGGAAUACUCCGGACGGGAUUCUCCUCCUGCAGUAUGUUGACGACCUGUUAAUAGGGGCGGUGGGAUUAACCCCUUGCCUCCACGCCACUGUGAGCCUCCUGAACUUUGUUGGACUCAGAGGAUACCGGGUAGCUCAGAGCAAGGCUCAAAUUGCCCUCUCAGAAGUACAGUACUUAGGAUUUCACAUAAGACAGGGGGAGAGACAGCUUUCAAAUGAAAGAAAAGGAGUAGCCCUGGGAGUGCUUACUCAAUUAUUAGGCACUUGGAAACGUCCUGUGGCAUAUUUCUCUAAACAACUGGAUCAAGUUGCCAAGGGGUGGCCAGCUUGCCUGCGAGCUGUCGCGGCAACUGCCCUAGUGCUUGGUGAAGCAGAGAAACUGACUUUGGGGGGGACUGUGCAGGUGUAUACCCCUCAUAUGGUUCAAGCCCUGCUGGACACUAAGGGUGGUCUCUGGCUCACGCAGGCUCGGGUAGCUCGGUACCAGGCUAAACUCCUAGAAAAUCCUGAAGUUACCCUGCAGACCUGCCCCUCCCUCAACCCAGCCACUAUGUUACCAGAAACAGAGGAGCAGGAACAUGACUGUUUAGAAAUCAUAGAUGCCCAGUACUCCAGCCGUCCAGAUUUAAAAGAUCAACCGCUCUCAAAUGCAGACUGUGAAUGGUAUACUGAUGGGAGCAGUGCUGUCAUAGAUGGGCAGAGGAGGGCAGGCUAUGCUGUUGUGACCCUCUACGAUACAGUGGAAGCAGAGAGUUUACCUGCUGGAACAUCUGCCCAACUUGCUGAACUUGUAGCAUUAACCCGUGCACUUGAACUGGCAAAAGACAAACGGGUUAAUAUUUUUACUGACUCAAAAUAUGCUUUUGGGGUAUUGCAUGCUCACGCUGGUCUCUGGAAACAAAGGGGAAUGCUUACAGCUCAGGGGUCCCCGGUCAAGCAUGGGACACAGAUUCUCCGGCUUCUGGAAGCGGUGCAGCUCCCCUCAGAGGUAGCAGUGGUGCACUGCAAAGCUCAUCAACGAGAAGACCAGGACGUAGCCAAGGGCAACGCCAGGGCCGACAGGGAAGCCAAGCGGGCUGCCACCCUGGAACCAUUGGAAGCUGAGGAGGCCCAUGUGCAUGCCCUCAUCCCAUCAGUGGGUGAGCUCCCAGCCCCUCAGUACUCUCGUGAAGAAAGGAAUCUGGCCGACUCCCUUGGGCUCCAGGAAAAGGAGGGAUGGCUCCACUCCACAGAAGGAAAAAUCCUCCUACCUAAAAGCCUAAUGCACAUGCGGGAUGGAGGGAAAUCCCUAACAAAUUAG